UGAUCAAAUGCUGUGAUUGUGGGACACUUUGUGUCGAAUGUGGCAACCACAAAGCAAAACAGGAAGUGUCCACUGGCGGGAAGUUCAUCUACUAUUAUGAAAGCGUUACCAAAGACACAGAAUGCUUGAUUUGACCUUUUCACGGACUAAGUGACUAAAUUAAAUUGGCUGCAAACCUUCCAUUCGUGCACUACGUUGAUCAAGUUUAGCCCUGCCGAGGUUGACAACAAACGGGAAUUUCUUUCUGCGUUUACCACCCACUUUUGUCCGUUUGCAGGUCGAUCAUGAAGGGAGAAAUUGAUAAAAUCCUCUUACUGUCAGGAGGAGACAGUACCGCCGAACUUCAGAAGUACCUGUCCUCUCUCAAGAAUGACCAGCUAAUCACUGUGAUUACCAACAACGCAUUAAAGGGCAAGAACGUUAGUGCCAUGAUUAAAGGCAUAUUUGAAGGUUCUCCUUCCAGUUCCACUGAAGGAUCGAACCGCAGACUUCUUGUUUAUCAACACUGCAUCCCCUUGUGUGAGUCUGGGAACCUUCAGACUGAGGUGGUGUCUGAUAUCAUUGGACUGCUGAUGCUUGAGACUCAUACACUGUCUGGAUCCUCUCUUGCACAACUGGCGUCUCUUUUUGUUGAAGCCAUUAAGGUGGGAAAAAUGGGCAAUGGGAAAUCCCUGGAGCUAUUUCCUACAGUGCUUACUGCCCUUGCAGCCUGUGAAGCCUUGUCUUAUGGCAAAGGAGAACUCAGUGGUGAGGAAUACAAGAAGCAGCUGAUCAACAGCCUCUGCUCAAGCAGAUGGGAUCCACAGUGUGUUAUUCACCUGACGACCAUGUUCAGGGAUGUGCCCCUGUCAUCGGAGGAGCUGCAGUUCCUGAUGGAGAAAGUACUGCGGAUGUUCACCAAACUGGAUCUGCAGGAGAUUCCACCGCUGGUUUACCAACUGCUGCUUCUGUCUGCAAAGGGUUGUAAAAAACAGGUCCUGGAUGGAAUCAUUGGUUAUUUUAAGGAGCAAGAUGUUUGCCAGGAAGAAGAGCAGAAACAUGGAGAGAGCCUGGAUCUAGAGGUUCAGUCCAUUCCACAGGACCAGUUGAGGCACGUGGAGGGCACUGCCAUCCUCCACAUAGUUUUUGCUAUACGACUAGACCAUGAACUCGGGAGAGAAUUCCUGAAGAGCUUUAAGACGUCCUAUGGCGACCUGUGUCCUUUCAGUGUUGCCCUGUUGCUCUCAGUGGCACGUAUCCAGCGCUAUGAAGAGCAGGUGUUUGACCUUUUGAAGGGGGCAAUCAUCAAGAGCUUCAAGGAUGAGCAGCUGCAGCAGGGGUCAAAGUUCCUGCAGGACCUCCUGCCUGGGCACUGCAGUGUGGCUGAGAUGAUACUGGACACGGUCAAGAACAGCGUGUUUGGGUGGGAUCAUGUGACCCAGGGGCUGGUGCAGUUGGGCUUCUUCCUCAUGGACACAUUUGGACCCAAGCCAGGACCAUUUGGCAAGACUACAGAGGGGUCUGCUACGGUAGCCAGGACCCCGAAUCAGCAGGCAUGUAAGCUGGGAGGUCAGGUGCUCCUCCAGGGCUUUAAGAUGCACGAGCCUAUCAGAGGCGAGAUACUGGAGCAGGUCUUGAAUCGGCUGGUUACAAAGACCGCUUCCCCUGUCAAUCAUUAUUUAGACCUUUUCUCUGACAUUGUGAUCUCUGCUCCCAUGAUCCUCCUGGAGUCAUCCUCCAAGGUCACAGAGACAUUUGACCACCUGUCAUACUUGCCCUUAGCCACUGUUCAGGGUCUACUGAAAGCUGUCCAGCCUCUGCUCAAAGUCAGUAUGUCCUUGAAAGACGCUUUGAUUCUAGUUCUCCGCAAGGCCAUGUUUUCAAGCCAACUGGACGGCAGGAAGUCUGCAGUGACUGGUUUCUUGUUGCUGCUGAAGAACUUCAAAGUGUUGGGCAGCUUGGCGUCGAGCCAGUGUAGCCAGACAAUCUCCUCCAGUCAGGUCCAAGUGGACGUUCAUUCUCGUUACAACUCUGCUGCCAAUGAAGCGUUCUGUCUGGAGAUCCUGAGCAGCCUGCGUCGCUGCCUGAGCCAGCAGGCUGAUGUGCGCCUUAUGCUUUAUGAGGGAUUCUACGAUGUUCUCCGCCGCAACUCCCAGCUUGCAAGCUCCAUCAUGCAGACCCUUUUCUCACAGCUGAGGCGGUACUAUGAGCCUGAACAAGACCUCCUGCCCCCGGUGAAGCUGGAGGCGUGCAUCACAGCUCACGGAGACCAAGUCUACCUCCAGGAGCCACUGGCCCAUCUGGUGAGCUGCACUAUACAUUGCCUGCUGUGGCUGCAGAACAUGCGGCGAUCAGCCAACCCCAGCACUGACGACAGCGACGAUGAGGAGGAAGAGGAGGAAGGAUACCAGUCUGAACUACAGACAAUUCUAGAGAGCAUGACAAGACGCAUGAUCAAGAGUGAAAUGGAGGACUUUGAACUGGACAAGUCAGCAGAGUUCUCCAUGGGAUCCAGUGUUGGGUUGAAGAAUAAUAUCUAUGCAGUGCUCGUGAUGGGAGUGUAUGAAGUUCUCAUGGAGUACAACUUCAUCAAAGCCAACUACAAUAAAAGCCGCUUUGAGGAGCUCAUGCAGCUGUUUAACCACUACCACAAGCUGUCUGAGAUUCUGAAGGAGAAAUCUGGAAAAGGUCGAGUGCCCUCACACAAGACCCCCCGCAGUUUACUCUCGUUGAGCUUCGUAUCAACUCUCCUCACUGUGCUCUUCAGAGACAGUACUCAGAGCAAAGAGGAGGCUCUCUCGGUGCUGCGCUCAAGUGGAGAAUUUGUACGUUAUGCAGUAAGUGUAGCUGUACAGAAGAUCCAGCAGUUGGAGGACACUGGACACACAGAUGGCCCAGAUGGACAGAACACAGACAGGACUUUCCGCUUCCUCUGUGACAUGACAAGCGUGCUGAUGUGGCGUUACACCAACAUCCCCAGCGUGGUGGAGGAGGCAGGGAAGAAGGAAAAGCGCUCCAGCCUGUCUCAGCUGUGUCUGGAAGGUCUGCUCAGGAUUUUCACAACCUGCCAGCAGCGCUAUCCAGACAAGAUGGCCCAGCUCCUCUCCAACAUGGACAUCGCAGAGGAUGAUCCGGAGACAGAUGAUGGGAACGUUACAGAGAUGAACUUCUUUUACAUCAGACAGUUUCAGAGAGCGCUAUUCACUCAGAUCAGUGGAGGAGAGGAGGAAUUUAACAGCAAAGAGGCUCAGCUGCUGGUCAGCAUCUUGAGCGUGCUCUCACGCCAGCUAAAGCCCUCCUCCAAACAGUUUGUUCAGAUGAUCACGUGGACAGUGAAAAUCUGCAAGGAGACCAGUUUUGAGGAUCCUGCGUUUUCCAAGGGGCUGCUCUCGCUUCUCUUCAACCUACAUGUUCUCUUUAAGAGUCCUGUAAGCCUGUUACUGGAGCUCUGCCAAGACAUCCACAGUCAGCUGGGGGAUAUCGAUCAGGAUGUGGAGGUAGAGAAACAGUCUCAUUUUGCCAUUGUCAACAUGAAGACUGCUACAACCGCAGCACUGCUGGUCCUGUCUCAGGUUGACAGAGUGCUUGAUGAAGUGGACUGGCUGAUUGCCAGAAGGAAAAGCCAUACAACCUUUGAUAAAUCUUCCUCCGGUGAAGCAGGAGAGCAGGAUCCAAUAGAGAAAGCGGUGGCGCUGCAGCUCGGGACUCUUUUGACAGCAUUAAAUGAGCUGGUCCAGACGUCCCUGCUGUCUGGCACCUGCACCAUUACACUGCUGAGAGUACUGCGUCGCACAUACACCAUCCUCACCACUCUGGUCAAAUAUUACAUCCAGGUGUGUGCCACUCAGCACAGUACGCUUCCCACACGCUUUGAAAAGCUGGUCAAACUGUCUGGCUCGCACUUAACAACACAGUGCUACUCCUUCAUCACAUAUGCACAGAGUGGAGAAUUUAGUGGCGGGGAGAAGAAAAAGAAAAGGAUUGAAGUGAACGCUGCUGCUUCUGCAAAACUUCUGCGAGAGACAAAGGCCAUCCCUGACUUGAUCUUCAGCAUUGAACAAUAUGAGAAAUACCUCAUCACACUCUCAAAGAAGUCAAAGGUGAAUCUGAUGCAGUACAUGAAGCUGAGCACCUCAAGAGAUUUCCGCAUCAAUGCUGCUACUCUGGAUGCAGCCCUACAGGAGCAGGACGACAGUCAGGAGGCAAGUUCCAUCUCAUACUGUAACUGGCAGCUCCAAAGGUCAACUCUGUGUUGUUUCUCUGAUUGCAUCAGUCAAUCAGCUAAUUAUUGAAAUGUUUUCCCACAUGAGAU